AUGGCUUCGCAUGUGGAUAUCUCAAUUCGUGUUCCGCUGAACUCUUCGUCUGUGGCUCCUUCAUCUCUAGCCAGUCUGCUUCCGCACAGACCUUCCCUAGAAACAGUCUCCACUCAACCGGUUUCCUUUUCUAUAUCCCGAAUUUUGGGGUUUGAAGGCAACCCCUUUCAGCCUCCGGCAUAUUCGCUACCUCCUGCUUAUGAUAACUCAACCAACGAGAGCAGUAAAGGGAGCUUCAGAGAAGACAACCGACAAACCUACGAGCACUCGUCGAGCGUUGACACCGACAACCUGAGCACUGACUUACACAGCGUCACAAACCAAUCCAGUCUAUCCACCGCGCGGCCAAAGAUGAAAAGGAAACAACGAACAACGUUUUCACCUCUAGAAGUCUGGGAACUGGAGAGAGUGUUUGCACAGAGACCAUAUUUAAUGCCAGAGGACGAAGACGAAUUGGUACAAAAACUUGGACUCACUGUAAGGAAUGUACGGUUCUGGUUCCAAAAUCGUCGGGCCAAGUUACGGAAACAAGCAAAAGCCUCAAUUGAUGUCAAUCGAACCAGCCGGCCGAACCAGUUUGACCAGUUUCCGCUUCCACCUUCACCGCCACCGUACAGUAAAUAUCAACCUGGAAAUCUGUUUUAUCCAGCUUUCCACAGCCCAUAUCGUCCACAGUUCAACUGGCAAGCUGGAUUUUCGCCGAGAAUGUUGCCAUCAUACUUACAUAAGGAUGCGCCUUGCUCAUGCUGUAAUAUGAAGUCAACGGCCAAAAAGGAGGACCACAUAAAGAAACCAGUUUAG